UUUUGUAAACCUGUGUGAAGAAAGGUUUGUUAUGGUGCCUGAGGCUGGCUGUAAACUGCCUCACAUAUCUCUUUAUAAUGUCUGAUUACACCAACGUUAAAGUAGGGAAGUUAAAACUGAAAGGAGAAAAACGUUCACACAAGAAACAUAAAUCCAAGAAGAGAAAAUCAGAGGAUGAGGAUGGUAGCCACAGCAGCAAAACCAGUAAGGACACAGACACAGCUGAUCAUGGUGGCUGGUGGCUCUGCUCUACUCUGCACCAGAUGACAGGAGCAUUGGCCAUACAGUUGGGGAAAUCACCUGUUUAUGUUCGAGCUCUUGAUAAUGGACUGUUUACUGCUGGUGCACCACAUGAUGAAGGUGAUGGUCCGUCUCCAGAGGAAGUAUUAACAGCAGUACCAGCUGGUGAUGAUCGUAUUGCAUUAAAAUCAGGUUACAAUAAAUACCUGGGUGUUGAUGGAGCUGGUCGGGUUGUAGGUCGUGCAGAUGCAAUUGGUCCUCGAGAAAUGUGGCAACCUGUAUUCCAGGAUGGAGAAACAGCAUUGUUAGGAGCAAAUGAAUGCUUUCUUGGAUUGGAUGAUGAGGAUAAUGUGGUGGCAAAGUGUUUGAAAGCAGGACCUGAGCAGAUGAUAAUCAUACGCUCCAACAGUUUAAGGGAAUGUGACAAACCAAAAGAAAUACCUGAAGAGGAGCGUGGAAAGCUAAAUGAUGUGGAAAAAAAUUAUGUCAAGAAGUUUCAGAAAUUUCAAGAUAAGCGUCUACGCAUUAACAAAGACGGUGUGGCUGAACUUAAAAGAGCGCGAAAUGAGGGUGCCCUUCAUGAAGCUUUACUUGAUCGUCGCUCUAAGAUGAAGGCAGAUAGAUACUGUAAAUAAGGUUCAAAUGUACCACAUUAGCAAAGAAGAGCUGCAAUUGAUAGAUGUCUUCUAAGCCUCAAGUCUUUCAACAUACAGUACUAAGGCUUCAAAAAUGCCUCUGGUGAAAAAAUUGGUAUGUCCUUGAUGAAGCUAUACUUCUUUGUAAUGAAUAUUUACUGGGGCAUGCAAAGCAAUUUUAAUGUUUAAAGGAGAAUUUGGGAAUACUGUACUGUACAGUAUAGUGAAUUCUAUACUGUACUCUUACUUGCCUUUUAUAUACAACAUUUAACCAGUCUUCCACUUUAUAUUGAACCAGUAUGUAGGUAUCACAAGGUUAAAGCCUAGUUAAAACCUUGAUAUGACAGUUACUGGCUUAACACAUACAUAAAGUAGUAACAUUCUUGCUUGGCUCUGGUUAAAGAUUAAAAUCUCAUUGGGUGAUAAUACAAUGAUGCCCCUACAUGUCGGUGUCAUUGUCAGUUUUGCAGAAAAGACAUUAUUGUCACUCAUACAUUUAUAGUAUUACAGUACUAUUACCCAUACAUUAUCAAGGGUCAAAUUUUACUGCUUUUUUAUUGACAUAGAUCAGUAAAUGGCCACUGUGGAUUAAGGAUAUACCGGUAAAUUGAACCAGUUUCCAUAUUGGUUACCGUAAGUAGAGUCUUUUUUUUUCCUACAUUAAAAAAACUAAAUCUGCCAACCUUUAUUGUGAUGUUCUGUGUAAAGGUUGGUAAUCCUCAUUUGGGAAGGGUUAACAUAGUCUGGAGUAUUGACAUAAGUGACCAGUUCACUUAUUUUAACAUUGGCCAUUAUUUGCUGAAGAAUUUCAAACUAACAAAAAACAAAGAAGACAUAAAAUGUUUGAGAUAGAAAAAAUUAUACAGUACAAUACUUACUUAUCCCAUUAGCUUAACAUAUUCAGAAUUAGUUUCAGGCAUAUAAGAAUUAUUAGUUAGGUUUAGAUAUAAAAAAUAGCGGUAUGUUGAGAAAAAGUUAAUACUAAUCAAUCACAUGCAAAGGUAUCUUAAUUACUGUAGUUUCAUAGAAGGUUGUAUGAUCUUUUAAAGUUGAAUAGUAUUUUUCUUAAAAGAUGAUACAGUUGCCUUAUCAGAUGGAAAAGAGAUAAAAAUCGGAAAGAGAAACGAGGAGGACGAGUGUUCUUCAAGGGUUUUUUUUUAGGAAAAGUUAUGUGUUUCACAUAAGCCAAGAACUUGAAAAGUACCUGUAAUACUGUACAGGAUACAAGUUUGAACUUAGAGAAAUGCUUAGCUAAUCAAAAUCAGUUAGAUUUUUUUAUUUGAGCAAAGAUUAAAAGAAGUAAUGAAGAUCAACAACUGCCCCAUUUGGGAAAGUUAAACUAACUCCCAACUGUUUCCAUUCAGUUUCUCUGCUUGGCCUCUUGACAAAAAUAGGAAAGAUGUGCAGUGACAGAAAGAAAUAGAUACUAUAUGAGACAACUUGCAUUAAGUUCAGGAAAAAUAUAAUUUGAUAUUGAAACAAGUUAAAGAAAAUUUUUAUUUGAUAUAGAAAUAUUGUACACUUAGAAUUAAUGUCUGUGUUGGGAAUUUAUUAAGGUUCAAAUCAGAAAGUUUAGUUUUUGGUGAAGACAUCAUCUAAUGCUGUUCAUUAAAAAAGAAAAGAAAUGUGUAGUGAAAAUUUGUAUAAAUAAAUGUACAGGUACUGCAAUUUGAUUCUGUAUAUGUACAGGUAUUUAAAAUUUAUGCAUGAGUACUUCUCAGGCAACUUGGGUACAGUCAACAGUUUAAUGAGUUGAAAGCCUCAGUCUCAUGAUCCCUGGACAUUAAGUGACAUUAGCUAAAUUAGUAAAAGUUCAAAACAUUGUAACUACAAUACAAUACUGUAAUUCAGCAGUCAGAGGACAUCACUAAUGUUCACAUUGUACUAUAUUUUCGUGACUGAAGUGAAUUUUUAUGUUUUUGUGUGACUGAAAAGUACUUUGACCAGAUAAUGACUAUCGUUCAUGCGGAUUGCUUACAUCAUAGAUGGGGGAGGGAGUGGUCUUAAUACAUCACCAUCGUUAAAGCGAAAUAAAACAUAAUUGCAUGAUCCACUUUUUUUUUACUGGAUCAACUUGUUUUUAUGAAAAUACAUAAUAUCAUGACUCCA